AUGGUCGCAUCUGGAAUCACUGGUCGCACGCGGCCUUUCAAGCCCAAGAAGAGGGAGAAUCUCCAGAAGAGGAAGCGCGACGAUGUGGACGUGGAGAAGCUGGAGCAGGCCGUCCAGCAGCUGGACCCCAAGAAUGGAAAGUACAAAGACUUCACCGACCUCCCGCUUUCAGACCCGACCAAGCAAGGCCUCAAGUCAUCGCAUUUCGCCGUCAUGACCGACGUUCAAGCCAAAGCCAUACCCUUAGCUCUGCUGGGACACGAUAUACUCGGUGCUGCAAAGACAGGUAGCGGAAAGACACUCUCCUUCAUCAUACCCGUCCUAGAGAACCUAUACCGGCUGCAGCACAUUGGCCCCGAUGCCGGCUUGGGCGCCUUGAUCCUAUCGCCAACUCGAGAACUUGCGAUUCAGAUAUUCGACGUCCUGCGCAAGAUCGGACGACACGGACAUAUGUUUGCGGCGGGUCUGCUGAUUGGAGGAAAGAGCUUACAGGACGAGAGGGAGGCUCUGACCAAGAUGAACAUAGUCGUCGCCACGCCCGGUCGCAUGUUGCAGCACUUGUCGCAAACAGCAGCCUUCAGUGUGGACGACCUGAAAAUGUUGGUGCUGGACGAAGCGGAUCGAAUCCUUGACAUGGGCUUCCAGCGCGACGUGGACGCAAUCGUCGAAUACCUUCCCAAGGAAAGACAGACGCUGCUCUUCUCGGCUACCCAAUCAAAGAAGGUGUCCGACCUUGCGCGCUUGAGCCUCCAAGACCCGGAAUACGUAUCUGUACACGCCGAAGACAAGAGCGCAACUCCAAAGGGCCUCACGCAAAACUACAUAGUCUGCCCCAUCGAAGAGAAGCUGGACACCCUCUGGAGUUUCAUACAAGCGAGCAAGAAGUCAAAGAUUCUUUGCUUCUUCUCAUCUGCAAAGACUGUCCGAUUCGUCUACGAGUCUUUCCGUCAUAUGCAGCCCGGUAUACCACUCCUUCACAUACACGGUCGUCAAAAGCAGGGAGCUCGACUCGACACAACAGCAAAGUUCUCCGCGGCGAAACAUUCCUGCCUGUUUGCUACAGACGUCGCAGCCCGAGGACUGGAUUUCCCAGCAGUCGACUUCGUAAUACAGGUCGACUGCCCUGACGAUGUCGAUACCUACAUCCACCGCGUAGGUCGAACAGCACGAUACAACCGGGAGGGACGGGGAGUGCUAUUCUUGGCACCAAGCGAAGAGGAGGGUAUGCUGAAGCGUCUGGAGGCUAAGAGAGUACCCGUCGAGAUGAUCAACGUGCGCCAGAAGAAGCGUCAGUCAAUCAAGGACCAGCUACAGAACAUGUGCUUCCAGGAUCCAGCUCUGAAGUAUCUCGGCCAAAAGGCCUUCAUGACGCACGUCAAGUCGAUAUAUCUACAGAAAGACAAGGAAGUCUUCAAGCUCAAAGAGUACAAUCUGGAAGCAUACGCCUCUAGCUUGGGUCUGCCAGGAGCGCCAAAGAUCAAGUUCUUGAAGGAUGACAACAGCAAACAGAAGAAGCAGGCAUCAAGACAGAUGAUCGAGGUUUCGGACUCCUCUGACGCUGAAGAGACGGCCAAGGCAGACAAACCUGUGCGAACCAAGUACGACCGCAUGUUCGAGCGCAAGAACCAGGAUGUUUUGGGAGAACAUUAUCGGAAACUGGUCAGGGAUGGAGAUGAUGCGGCCGCGGACGAAUUCAGUGGUGCUGGAGCGACCAACAACGCGGCCGACGACGACUUCAUGGCCGUCAAACGACGAAUCCCAGCGGAGGACGAUGCCAGCGAUGUUGACGCUGAGAAGGCUCCCGAAGUUCCACCCGGCGGUCGCCUUGUUCACAUUGCCGGUGCAUCGCAACCCAUCGUUGUCGACAGUAAUCGCCGCGAGAAACUCCUCCAAUCCAAGAAAAAGCUCACCAAACUCAUGGACAAGGGAAAGAAACUUGUCUACGACGACGACGGCAACCCGCACGAAAUCUACGAACUCGAAGACGAAGAGCAAUGGCGCGCCAAGGGUCUACCAGAAGAGCAACGCCAGAAGUUCAUCGAAGCAACACGAGAAGUCGUUCAAGCCGCCGAUGUCGAAGACAAAGCGACUGCAAAAGCGAAGAGGAAGGAGAAGAUGCUUAAACGCAAAGAAAGAGAGCGGGCUAAGCAAGCUGGUGAAGCUGGUGACGAUAGUGACGAUGCGGGUGUCGAGCUUCCCGAUCCCGGUGAGGAUCUCCUUGCAAACUUCAGGGCGGACGCGGAAUACAGUGACGAGGAAGACGAAGAGCAAGAAGAGCAGCCGAAGAAGCAGAAGAAGUGGUUCCAGUCUGAUUCUGAAGACGAGGAAAAGACUGAGAAGAGGAGGAAGAAGAAGGCCAAGGCGGCGCAUAGAGUGGAGGAGCCGGAGACGUUGGAGGAUAUGGAGGCGCUCGCUGCGGGUCUGCUGGACUAG